GAUGGAAUCGUCACCAGACACUUGCCAAGCUCCUUUCAGGGUCUGACUCAGACAUUAACACUUGUACAGUUUUCACAUUAGCAGAAAUCUCCUGAAAAAGUCUGAAUAUUUCCCGGACCUUCGUCCGCUACUUCAGCGUUGUUUUUUUACAUCACGUCUCACCUCAGGAGACCCCCUGCCCCCCCUCCCGUCUGUCAGGGAUAGUCUCCCUCUGUGAGGAACAUAUGUGAACAGCCAGGUCGGGAGAAUCUGCGGAGCAGUCCUCCCGUAAUUAUCUAGAUUUUAUACAGAGUGCAUAUGUGAAAACGGCUUUGGUGUCCCUUUUCCAGACAAGUUUCCUUACUUCCAUUUAGGUCACUUUAGGUUUUGAUGAAGCACUCAUUUUACACUCUUUCUUUACCUUUAAAUGUUUAAUUGAUUAGUUAACUUGUCUGCUGUGGUUUUGUAUUUGACUGUCCCCUUGCCUUUAUUCUCCUGAUUGUACAUAUUGAAACUUGUUUAUGUUUAAUUUUGUAUUUGUUGUUAUAUUCCCAGUUAAACUUCUGCUUUACUGAUGAAAAAUUCUUCUCUUUUCAAAUGCACUCCUCUGCGGUCUGCGUCCACGGUGUGUCCACAGCAAAACAUUUGCACAGAAUACAAAGCAGUACAGGACGAGAUCGUUGACCUGCAUAAUGCCUUCAGGAGAGCCGUCCAGCCCACUGCCUCAGACAUGCUGAUGAUGAGCCACAGUGAGGAUCUGAGAGUCAACUCUCAGGCCUGGGUUGACCAAUGUAUUCUGGCUCAUGGCAAACCCAGCACCCGCCUGCUGGAUGGAUAUGAAUGUGGCGAGAAUAUGUUCUACUCAGCCGUGCCGUACUCAUGGACGGAAGUCAUCAAUGCCUGGCACGCUGAGGUGCAACUCUACCAGUAUCCUGAAGGCGCCACCAACAUUACUGGUCAUUACACGCAGGUGGUGUGGUUCAGUUCCUACAAAGUUGGCUGUGGAGUUGCACUCUGCAAUGACGUCUACCUGUAUGCCUGCCAGUAUUACCGAGCAGGAAACUUCAUGAACACUGAGCCUUAUAAGUUUGGAACCCCCUGUGCCUCCUGUCCUAAUGACUGUGUGGACAACCUCUGCACCAACCCUUGUCCUUACGUCAACAAGUACAGGGACUGUCCAUCCCCGACAGAAGUGACUGUAUGUGACCAACAGCUGAGUGAAGAAUGUCCUGCUUCAUGCAAAUGCUCCAACAAAAUCAUUCCCAAAUAUUAAAAGUAAGCCCUUCAGAUGCCUUUGACGCAAGCAAAUGAACAUGUGCCCAUAAGACAAAUAGGUGUCCCCUUUGCUUGCCUUCUGUCAGAGGUUCAUUUGAGAAUAUAAAUGUCUAACCUA